UGACGGUGCAGUGUGGACGUACGUUACGAAGAGAAUACAGCCUUUUUCCCAUCACAGCUCUGCUGUGAAAGCUGGAGAAAUUAGAGCAAUUUGCAAAGCUUUCAAAGAUGGAUCGAAAGGCGGAGUUGGAACGGAAGAAGGCCAAAUUGCAGGCCCUCCGUGAGGAAAAGGAUCGACGGCGCAAGGAGAAGGAGCAGAAGGAUCUGGAAGAGGCAGCCGGAAAGCUGGGUCACUCGGAAACCAGCACGCGCAAAGAUUUGGAUGAGAUGCUCUCAUCGCUAGGUGUGGCACCGGUAUCCGAAGUGCUGUCGUCUCUCUCUUCCGUUAAUUCAGCCACCUCCGAUCAUUCCGCCACGCACACCCCCGACGCAAGUCUUCAGCCCAGCAUUAAUGGACAGAACUAUCGCAAGAAACCCGUCAACCUUUGCCUGGUGUCCGUGCAGGCUACGAACAUUCCGCCAAAGGAAACGGUCGUCUACUCGAAGCAAACACAAACCAACAGUUCCGGCGGCCAUGAGCGCGACGGAUAUAUGGAGGAUUGGUGGAGACCGCGUAAAGCUCACGCAACCGACUAUUACGAUGAAUACAAUCUUAACCCCGGUUUAGAGUGGGAGGAUGAGUUUACAGGUGACGAUGAGGAAAGCUCCCUCACCCAUAUCGACCAUGGGUUUCACUCGAAGCUGCCACCCGGCAUCCUACCCCACGGGUUGCCAACGGUGAAGGAGGUGGCACCUGCCAUCACACCGCAGGAGCAGAAGAAGGAGGACUCAAAGGAAGUGAAAGAGCUUUCCGCCGAGCAGAAGCAAAUGAUCAUCCUCUCCGAGGACUUCCAGCGGUUCAUCCUGAAGGCGGGUAAGGUGAUGGAGCGGGCGCUGUCCGAGACGGUCGAUAUUUACACGGACUAUAUUGGCGGCGGCGAGACGGAUGAUAUUAACGAUGAAAAGUCACAUGCCCGCCUGUCGCUGAAUCGAACGUUCUACUGCGAUCGCUGGUCAAAGAACCGAUGCGUGACAUCGUUCGACUGGUCAACGCACUUUCCGGAGCUGCUGGUCGCCUCGUACCACAGCAACGAGGAGUCGCCAAACGAGCCGGACGGCGUGGUGGUUGUAUGGAAUACCAAGUUCAAGAAGCAAACCCCCGAAGAGGUGUUCCACUGCCAGAGCGCCGUCAUGUCGACCUGCUUCGCUAAGUUUCACCCGAACCUGAUCCUCGGCGGAACCUACUCUGGCCAGAUCGUACUCUGGGACAACCGGGUGCAGAAGCGCACGCCCAUCCAGCGUACGCCGCUUAGCGCAAAUGCUCACACACAACCGGUCUACUGUCUCUCGAUGGUCGGAACGCAAAACGCGCACAACGUCAUCUCGAUCAGCUCAGACGGCAAGCUGUGCUCAUGGAGCCUGGAUAUGCUGUCGCAGCCGCAAGACGUACUGGAACUGCAGCACCGGCAGUCGAAGGCCAUCUCCGUCACUUGCAUGGCGUUCCCGCACAACGAGGUGAACAACUUCGUACUUGGUAGUGAGGACGGGUACGUGUACUCGGCCAGCCGGCACGGCAACCGAUCCGGCAUCGGCGAAACGUACGAGAAGCACCUCGGACCGGUGACCGGCAUCUCGGCGCACCACAACCAGUCGUCGCCCGACUUCGGCCACCUGUUCCUCACCUCGUCGAUCGAUUGGACGAUCAAACUGUGGAGCCUGAAGGACAACAAGCCGCUAUACUCGUUCGAGGACAACUCCGACUAUGUGAUGGACGUGGCCUGGUCCCCCAUCCAUCCGGCGCUGUUCGCCGGCGUGGACGGUAGCGGCCGGCUCGAUCUGUGGAACCUCAACCAGGACACGGAGGUGCCUACCGCGUCUAUCGUGGUGGACGGGCAGCCGGCGCUGAACCGCGUCUCGUGGACGCCGUCCGGCCUGCACGUGACGGUUGGCGACGAAGCGGGCCGCAUCUACGUAUACGACGUGGCGGACAACCUCGCUAAUCCGCGCAUGGACGAGUGGAAUAAGCUAAACGCCGUGCUGUACGAGCUGAAAAUGAACCAGACGGACGAAUUCGACGAGAUGGACAAGAAAUCGCCGAUUCCGCAGAAUCCGACCUCGCUCACGUCGCUCGCCGGAUCACCACUCAUAUGAAACUCGAUGCUGCGACCACACGCCGUGCCGGCCGCCGGCGUAUGAUCAUCUGUCCAACGCGCCGCGCCAUUCCAUGCUGAUAUCAACGUUGAGGCGUACGUUGCCCUACCAAGCCUGCCAACGCAGGAUUAGGAAAUGAAAACGCGAGUGUUCGGUCGUGAGAGAGGGGGUGGCAGGAAUUAAGAAAAGUGUAAAAACCUAAUACGCAUAUACAGUUAGAACCCUAAUUUAUUAAUUUUACAGCAAGCUAAGUGCUAUCCACGUACACUAUAAGGAAAAAAGUCUAGUAAGCCCUUACCGGGCAGGCAUAUGGCCGAAGACAGUCGGUACGAAUGAGAAAAGUUAAAUUACAGUAAAUUAUAAGCUAAAACAUAUUAUGCAUUGUUGAAGUAUAAACUAAACUUGAGCAGCCAUUCGAGCGGCAAUCAUCGUUUGGAAAAACACGCUGAUACACGCUGAUUAUAUAUUUUGCAUUGUAAACCCAACCUACGCUAACUGCUGCAAACUAACUGAUAAUGUAAAAGAACGAAUCAAAACAUCAUGAAAAAAAUAAAACAUAAUUUUUUCGUUUACUGUAACC